CCGAAAUCAACACACCUCAUCCCCAUCCCUCCCCCGCAGCCUGCCCUGCUGUCUUAGCCAUGGACAGACGCACCCCCUAUACCCUGAGCGUGCUGGCUCCCAGUGUCGAUGGUGUCGAGGACUCCCGCACUCAGAUCCAGGCCAAAUUAAAGGAAUUCGUGCUGGAGUUCCAGCUCGACAAUGCCUUCAUCUACCGAGACCAACUGCGCCAGAAUGUCUUAAUUAAACAGUACUAUUGUGACAUUGAUAUUGCACACCUGAUCUCGUACAAUGAAGAGCUAGCCCACAAGCUCACCACAGAGCCCGCAGACAUAAUUCCCCUGUUCGAAGUGGCCCUUCAAGACUGCACUCGCCGAAUCGUAUACCCCUCUCAAAGGGAUAUCGUCCUGCCAACCCAUCAACUUCUGCUUCACUCCUCCGCGACCCACAUCUCGAUCCGCGAUCUCAACGCCACUAAUAUCUCCCACCUUGUCCGCAUCCCCGGUAUCGUCAUCGGCGCCUCGACGAUAUCAUCGAAGGCCACGCUGAUGCACCUCCGCUGCAAAGGAUGUGGUCACACCGAGAAUCUUCGGGUCGAUGGCGGAUUCGCGGGUCUGCAAUUGCCAAGAAAAUGUGGCCGCGACAAGCAACCCGGCGAUGCCCCAUCAGAGCCAUGCCCGCUCGACCCAUACGUUGUGUCGCAUGAGAAAUGCCAAUUCGUCGACCAGCAAGUUCUCAAGCUGCAAGAAGCCCCGGAUCAGGUCCCCGUCGGCGAGCUUCCCAGACAUGUUCUCAUUUCGGCAGACCGGUACCUUUCCAACAGGGUUGUUCCUGGCUCUCGUUGCACAGUCAUGGGAAUCUUCUCUAUCUACCAAUCAUCCAAAGGCGGGAAACGGGAUGGUGCUGUCGCCAUCCGCAACCCGUACUUGCGGGCGGUCGGUAUCAGCUCCGAUCUGGACCACACCGCGAAAGGCGCCGCCAUUUUCUCGGAAGAGGAGGAGCAGGAAUUUCUGGAACUCAGUCGUCGUCCUGAUCUGUACGACGCUCUCGCCAGAAGUAUCGCCCCGUCGAUCUAUGGAAACCUGGACAUUAAGAAGGCCAUUGUCUGCCUGCUGAUGGGUGGUUCUAAGAAACUUCUCCCUGAUGGCAUGAAGCUUCGUGGUGAUAUUAACGUGCUUCUUCUUGGUGACCCCGGUACUGCCAAGUCUCAGCUGCUGAAGUUCACGGAGAAGGUUUCCCCAAUUGCGAUUUAUACGUCUGGUAAGGGUUCGUCUGCGGCCGGUUUGACUGCUUCUGUGCAGCGUGACCACGCCACACGCGAGUUCUACCUGGAAGGAGGUGCGAUGGUGCUUGCGGACGGCGGUGUUGUCUGUAUUGAUGAGUUCGAUAAGAUGAGAGACGAGGACCGAGUUGCUAUCCACGAAGCCAUGGAGCAGCAGACCAUCUCCAUCGCCAAGGCCGGUAUCACUACUAUCCUCAACUCGAGGACGUCGGUUCUCGCCGCAGCCAAUCCCGUCUUCGGUCGGUACGAUGACUUGAAGACUCCGGGUGAAAACAUUGAUUUCCAGACGACCAUUCUGUCCCGUUUCGAUAUGAUCUUCAUUGUGCGCGAUGACCAUGACCGCGCCCGCGACGAAAGCAUAGCCAAGCACGUUAUGGGUGUGCAUAUGGGCGGUCGGGGUGUUGAGGAGCAAGUCGAGGCUGAAAUCCCGCUUGACAAGAUGAAGCGUUACGUGAGCUAUUGCCGCACUCGCUGCGCACCCCGUCUCUCAGAUGAAGCUGCUGAAAAGCUGUCGUCGCAUUUCGUGACGAUCAGAAAGCAGGUCCACCGUGCGGAGCUCGAUGCCAACAGCCGGUCUUCCAUCCCCAUCACUGUUCGUCAGCUUGAGGCUAUUGUCCGUAUCACCGAGUCCCUGGCCAAGUUGAGCCUGUCGCCUGUUGCCACAGAGGCCCAUGUCGAUGAAGCCAUCCGCCUGUUUUUGGCCUCGACUAUGGACGCUGUCACCCAAGGCGAGGGCCAGGGUAGCAAGGAGAUGAUGGAAGAAGCGAGCAAGAUCGAAGACGAGCUGAAGCGCCGUCUCCCCAUCGGCUGGAGCACCAGCCUGGCGACCUUGCGGCGCGAGUUUGUCGACGGCCGGGGCUACACCGAGCCGGCUCUCAACCGGGCAUUGAUCGUCAUGCAACGACGAGACACUGUCCAGAUCCGCUCCGGCGGAUCACAGGUGUACCGGCACGGUGUAUAGUGCGUCCAUCUUCUGUCUAUAACUUGUAAUUGGCAGCAUGUGAUGUGGUCACGAAUGGUCCUGAUUUUGUAUUCGCUGGAGUGUCUCUUUGUAUCAAACUGGGCGUGGGCACGAUGGGGAUGAACGGUGUAUGGCGUAUCUUUUUGCUCUGGGAUCGUCGACUGAUUAGCUACUAGAUAAGCGCAAUUUAUGAGAAGCAAUAUGACCAC